CCCACCACCGCCCCCACCUCCACACCCUAUGGGGUUACAAAGCUUCUACACCUGAAUCAAUUAUGGUUCAGAUGUGCUCAUAAUUGUAUGCAUAUACAUACAUAAGAUACAUAUAAGUACCUUUCGGAGGAAACCCUAGAUCCACCCCUAAAGCUUCUUGUAGGAUCUCUUAUUAGGGUUUCCGAACAUGGUGGGACCUACACCGCCGCAGCAGCUACAAAUUCAGACACCUUCUACGGCGGCGGCGCCAGCCACGUUAUCAGCUGAAGAUGAAGCUCUUAAACGAAACACUGAUUGCGUGUACUUCCUCGCUUCUCCUCUUACAUGCAAAAAGGGAAGCGAGUGUGAGUACCGCCAUAGUGACGUAGCUCGGCUUAAUCCUCGAGAUUGCUGGUACUGGUUGAAUGGAAGCUGCUUAAACCCAAAGUGCGGGUUCCGUCACCCUCCGCUUGAUGGAUUUUUGGGAGCUCAAGUUCAAACUCCUAAGGGAUCUUCUGUACCUCCAGUGGCAUCUGUUGCACCUACACCAAAUGUUCCAUAUGGUUCUGGUAAGCAAGGUGUACCCUGCAUAUUCUUUCAGCAAGGCUUUUGUUUAAAAGGUGAUAGGUGUCCGUUCUUCCAUGCACCAAUCUCUGUAUCUAACAAAGCCCCACCACAUCCUGUAUCUACUGCAUCUACUGAGAAAACCCCUAUUAAGAAGGCAUUUGGUGGGUUUGAAAAGUGUGUGCAAGGAAAGACAUUUUCUCAAGCAAGUACUUGGAAGUCUGGUGAAUUGCCUGUGCAAGCACAACCAGUUGGGAAGCUGGGAACUCAUUUGUCCAAGAAUGAUGCUGCCUUUAAUGAGAAUGUGCUGCCACCAAAUUCUGUCAUCGAUUUUUCGCAUCAUAGGCACAAACCAAAAAGUGUGCCUCCUACAAAUGGAAAUCCUGUCGGUAGGUCCAACAGAGUGCAGCAGUCUGUCAGGUUUGAUGAUCACAGCGGCAUUCAGAACCCAAAGGAUGAUGACAUUUCAAGGGAGCUUUCGCCUGGUUUUGAUGUUCUUGUGGAUGAUGAGCUAAGAGGUAAUGAUUUCUAUCACGGCGAAGAUCAGUAUGGCAGAAAUGAGGGAAGGAAUGAAUACGAUAUUGGCCACUCUGCCGAUUACACUUCAGUAGCAGAUAUUGACCAAGAUGCGUACCAUGAUGUGUAUGGGCGCGACUCUCAUGACAGGCUUCCGAGUCGCUCUGGUAGGGUGCAGCAUAGACCUUCUUCUGAGAGAAUACAAGGGGAAUCAGCUCAUCCUGAAAGGAGACGCUAUGGUAGAGCGUACAGCCCUGAAGAAGUUCGAGAGUCAGAUUUGAGACAUCGUUUAUCAAAGCAUAAGAGGGUUAAUGGUUUGAGGUCAGUCAUUAGUCAUGACUAUGCAAGUGAAAAACAUGUUGAUAAUCGAGGCUACCAGAGUUCCAGGAGGGAUCGACACCAUUUACCCUCACAUGAUAGUUCCGUUGCUAGUCGUCUUCAAGGAAGAAUAAAGCUACCAAGUAGAUCUUCCUCUCCAACUAAUGGGACAGACAUGCGAUUAGAUAGGGAUAUGGAUAGGGCUAGGGACCGUGGCAGGUUAUCUUUAGAAAGGCCACAGCUUCUCUCUCAACAGGGAAGGCUUCGAGAUAGAAUAAAGGGAAGAGUGCAGGAAGAUCUCAAUAAUGCUGGAAGAAAUAACAGUGGUCCACGCCUAAGAAGAGAUAUAAGUGAGAAUGAUUCUGAUUUUUCUGGUCCACGAAGUCUUGCAGAACUUAAAGGUAGGAAAACUGCUGAUAUCAGUGAACAAAAUGUCAACGAGCAACAGGCCCUAGGGAAGCGUAAGUUCCAAAAGCGUGAUGGCUAUCAGCAAAGUGGAGGUGAUCUAUCAUUUGAAGGACCAAUGCCUCUGCAAGAGAUCCUGAAGAGAAAAAGAAGUGAAACGGGCAUGACAUCUGAUAAGAGUGAAGACUAUCAACGCGAAAGAAAAGACCACUCAUUGGUAACUUCCUCCAUCUCCAGGAGCAGGUCUAACCUUGGGCAGAAGGAAGAAUCUCCUCCAUCAGGUGGGAAAAAUGGGCCUCAAGAGACAAUAUCUGCUGGUCAUCAAUCUCCUCUACACGAUGGUGCAAAUGAACUUGAAGCUGAAGAAGGGAUGAUUGUGGAAGAAGAAGAUGAUCAAGAUCCCAAAGGUCAUGAUCAGAGAGAUUAUGAUUAUGAACAGGUUGAUGGUGAAGACUACAACUUAGAUGAAGGCGAGAAUGCUGACGCUGGUGAGGAAUACCUGGAUGAAGAUGACGAUGAUGGAGAUGACUUUGCGAAGAAGAUGGGCGUUGUUUUCUCGUAAACAAUGUGAUACAUCAUUUGCUCUGAGCUGUUGCUAUGGCUGUAAGCAUUUGUGUGCCAUUUUAGGUUGGCUCGAAAUGAGCAAAUUCAACCGCUCUACUGAUUUUAUUUCUAGUAGUAGAGAGAACACUCUUUUUCUUGCCUUUGCAUUAUUAGAAAUUUUUCGUCUUUGUAUUUAUACUCCGAGACUGGAUGGAAAAUUCUCCAUCAGUUAGUGGCACUUGGCAGCUCUAUAGUUUUGCCAAAAAGGGUGUUGACUGUAACAUUAGAGGAUUAAUAAGAAAUAUGUUUGCUAUAUCUUCUCUUGA